UAAAAGAAUUUUUGUUAGCUCCUUCGUCUUAUAUUAUUUAAUAUAUUUGUCAAAAAAAAUUAUCUUAAAAUAAUUAAUAUAUUUUAAAAAUUUAAAAAUAAUUAAAUAUUUUUUUCAAUUUUUUUAAUAAUUUAAUAAAAAUAAUUAAUCUUAAUAGAUGAUAAUAAUGUUUAAUAUAAAUUUAAUAGAAUCAAAUUAAUUAAUUUGCACUCCUUUUUAUUUUCUCCUAUAGAAUUGUGAAAAAAAACAAAAAACAAAGGAGUAUGAUAUGAAGGGAGUAUAUUUUUCUGUUAUUACCUUGAAUAUUAAAGAAUUACCAUCAAAUUUAAAAUUACAAACUAUUAUUAUUAAUAGUAAAAUUAAUUUAGUAAAAUUUUAAUAAAAUGAAACGGAGAAAAGUACUAAUAUAGCACCACCAUUUUAAUUGCUUGCUCCGCCACCUUUUUCUCUCUACCAUCUUCUCAUUAUAUUUUUACUAUACUUUCCUUUUUUCAUUUCUCUCUUAUUUCUUCAUAUAGACAUUCUUCUUCUUUCAAAAAAAACCCCACAAUUACACCCUUCAAAAAAACAAUAAUAAUCUGUUCUUAUAAUUUUCUCCGUUGAGACUACACGUCGCCAAAAUGGCGCGAAGUCUCUUCAACUGUUUCGGCAAACGCAGUUCAUCUUCAUCAUCAAAAGACGAUAAUCCAAACCACAAUACCAACAUAGCAACAGCAGAUUUAACAGCAGAAGAAUCAAGACGUUGUGGACCAGUAGUGGUGGAGUUAUUCGCAUCACAAGGGUGCGCAACGUCACCAGAAGCAGAGCUAUUCUUAUCAAGAAUUGGACGUGGGGAUUUUAACCUUGAAAUGCCGGUGGUAUUGUUGGCGUAUCAUGUUGAUUAUUGGGAUUAUAUGGGAUGGAAAGAUCCAUUUGGAUCGAGUUUAUGGACUGUUAAACAGAAAGCGUAUGUGGAAUCUUUGAAUCUUGAUACGAUGUUUACGCCGCAAAUUGUUGUUCAAGGAAGAACACAGUGUGUUGGUAAUCAACUUGAUGCUGUUUUGGAUUGUAUUAAAUCUGCUGCAAGAUUUGCUGCUCCAUCUUUCCAGGCGACAUUCGAGAGGCCAACACCAGAGUCCUUGCAAGUAUCUCUAUUAGGAUCCUUGAAGAGUAAGGUGGAUGACAAUGGCGCCAACGUGAUGAUUGCUCUGUACGAAUGUGGUUUGGUAACUGAUAUAACUACAGGAGAGAACAAAGGAAAAAUGCUCGCGAAUGACUAUGUUGUUAGGAAGGUGGAGAAGCUGUGUUCUGUAAAGGAUAUUACUGCAAAGAAGACAAUCUCUGGAACUGUCACUUUCUCUCUUUGGGAUGGAUUCAAUAGCAGCAAAUGUGGCGUAGCGCUGUUUGUGGAAACUGGCUCUCAUCAAAUUUGUGGAUCGCAGAACUUUAAAUUGCCGGAGAAACUCUGAAUUCUUUGAUGAUCCAUCACUGAUUGAAACUCUUGAUGACAAUGGCUGGUUAUAGGUUGGAUGGAUUGUUUGUAGUGCAAGAAAGGGCAGCCCGGUUCACGAAAGCUUGUAGUGUACAUUUAUGAUAAUUUUUUUCUGCACAACAUUCUAAAUAUCAGCUUGUUCCUCGUGUGUAUAUAGGUUGUGUGAGACUCUUCAUGUUAGAUUUCUCAUCUUCUUCUUUUUUUUUUUGGUUUGAGCUAGUGAUUCUUUCCUUGUACUAAGUAAUUGGAUUAUUGGAAAAUGCGACUAGAGAUGUUUAGUUUUA